CUGAACUCUGAAGCCUGUACAAUGGCCUUCCCAGGCCCAUCACGCCCGUGCACUAUCCCAGAGAAUGAAGAAAUCCCCCGGACGGUCCUUAACAGUGUCCUGGAAACUAAUGGGAAUGAAGAUGAGAGAGCUGUGUCCAAGCUGCAGCGCAGGCACAGUGAUGUAAAAGUCUACAAGGAAUUUUGUGAUUUUUAUGCGAAAUUCAACAUGGCCAAUGCCUUGGCCAGUGCCACGUGUGAGCGCUGCAAGGGGGGCUUCGCAGCUGCUGAGAAGAUCGUGAACAGUAAUGGCGAGCUGUACCAUGAGCAGUGCUUUGUGUGUGCUCAGUGCUUCCAGCAGUUCCCAGAAGGACUCUUCUAUGAGUUUGAGGGAAGGAAGUACUGUGAACAUGAUUUCCAGAUGCUCUUUGCUCCCUGCUGCCACCAGUGUGGUGAAUUCAUCAUUGGUCGGGUUAUUAAAGCCAUGAACAAUAGCUGGCAUCCUGAGUGCUUUCGAUGUGACCUCUGCCAGGAAGUGCUGGCAGACAUAGGGUUUGUCAAGAAUGCUGGCAGACACCUGUGUCGUCCAUGUCAUAAUCGUGAAAAGGCCAGAGGCCUUGGAAAAUACAUCUGCCAGAAAUGCCAUGCCAUCAUUGAUGAACAACCUCUGAUCUUCAAGAAUGACCCUUAUCACCCUGACCACUUCAGCUGUUCCAACUGCGGGAAGGAGCUAACGGCUGAUGCCCGGGAGCUGAAAGGGGAGCUGUACUGUCUGCCAUGUCAUGAUAAGAUGGGGGUCCCUAUCUGUGGUGCCUGUCGGAGGCCCAUUGAAGGGCGAGUAGUGAAUGCCAUGGGCAAGCAAUGGCACGUGGAGCAUUUUGUUUGUGCCAAAUGUGAAAAGCCAUUUCUUGGACAUCGCCAUUAUGAGAGGAAGGGCUUGGCCUAUUGUGAAACUCACUAUAAUCAGCUAUUUGGUGAUGUUUGUUUCCACUGCAACCGUGUCAUAGAAGGUGAUGUGGUCUCUGCCCUCAACAAAGCCUGGUGUGUGAGCUGCUUUGCCUGUUCCACCUGCAAUACCAAAUUAACACUCAAGAAUAAAUUUGUGGAGUUUGACAUGAAGCCAGUCUGCAAGAAGUGCUAUGAGAAAUUUCCAUUGGAGCUGAAGAAAAGACUUAAGAAACUGGCUGAGACCUUAGGGAGGAAAUAAGUGCUGGUUUGGGUCUUGUUUUGUAUGGUUCUCUCUUCUAGCCAAUAUUGCUUCAUUUGAUCCACUCUUAUCUAAAGGUGUAUCAAAGCAUUAGUAGUUUUCUUCACAUUUUUCUUUUCUGAUUUAAAAAGACAAAAUGCUUAUUCCUAUGUAAAAUACAGAUGAAAUCAGAACUUUAGCCUUAGCUAAAGCUAUAUAGCAAAAAAGAGAAACAGAAAAAGGGGGGGGCAUGUUAAAGGGUAAUUUUAAUUAAGCCCUGUCCUCUAAAACUAAGUUUAACUCUUCAAAAUUAAGCACCCUGCUCUGCAAACCAACUCUGGAUCCACAUGGAAAGAGAAUUCACUCCUACAAGUUGACCUCUAACCUCCACAGGUCACCCCAGUCCUAGGCCAGCCAUGGCUGCAUAUUGAAACUUUGUUCCAAAAAAAGAAAAGUGGCUGUGUAUGUCAUAUGGCCUGUGUGCUAAUAUCUAUGCUGCAUGCAUCACCUAACUUGCCUUGCCUUAGAAAACUGCACCUCCUAAUCAGGAAUGCUAGAUGUUUAUAUAAUACCAAAUAAAAAUGAAUACUUUUACUGAGAUGUAUAAUCAGCUUUUACAUUACUCAGAUUUUAAAAUACUCUAGACUCUGCUUUCUAUUUUAUAAGAAAAUAAUCUCUUACUGGAGAAGGAAAUAAAGAAGAUAAGUAAACUGCCAAAAUAAUUCCUAUGUAGUCUCAGUGUGUUUAUCCAAUUAGUACUGUAAAAGCAACAUUCAUAUUACUAAGAAGCAAAAACUUUUCAGAAUGACUUGAAUUUUUGUUAAAUUACUAUGCUUAGUUUUCUAUUUUGUUCUUCUUAUGAACUUCUUUCUUCAUAAAGUUGCUGUAGCUACUAGAAUAUCUUUUACAUUCUUUAGCCAAACAAACAAACAAAAAAUAUGCUAGUUACCUUGAAAAUACUGCACACUGUGAUAUUGGAAAAAUGAAACAUUUAAAAAUAUAUUAUACAGUAUUGCUUUUAAACUUAAUAUAAAGUAUAUAGUAUUCAAAUAGGAUAUGAGAUGAAAUAUUAUGCAGCUUGGAAUGUAUCACUUUCAAAAGUGGUUGUGAGCCAAGGAUGGCAGCAUUGGUCUUUAAUAUCUGCACUCUGGAUACAGAGACAGACAGGUCUCUGAGAGUCCUAGGCUAGCCAAGGCUGCAUAUUGAAACCUUGUUUCAAAAAAAGUGUCUGUGCAUCAUAUUAACCUGUGUGCUGAUAUCUGUGCUUCAUACAUAAUCUAACUUGCCUUGCAUCCCCUAAUCGAGAAUUUUGAUGUUUAUAUAAUACCAAAUAAAAAUUCUUUGACUGAGAUUUAUAAACUUAGAAUCAUUUCAUUUUUAAAAAUUCCUUCUCAGGAAGCCAGUGGAGAUUAAUCCCUGUCUUCUUUGUAGAAUGACUCUGAUAUAUGUUCUAGGUUUUUUUCAUUUCAAAUCUCAAAGUUGGAUUUUAUCUACUAUAAGACAGUAAAAAGAUGUAAAUGAGACUUUUAGAUUGAAAGAGGGUAGUAAGAAUAUUAACUUUUGGUAAAAAUCAGUUCUACUUUAUAAAAAUUUUUAUUCUGAAAUAUCUGGGCCAUUCUUUUUGUAUAAACUCAAUAUGCAAAAGUAUGAACAUUUAAAAAGAUGUUUCUGCUGCUAACAUGUUACUUUUUUUUUUUUUUUGUGAGUUAUCAAGAUGUAUAUAUAGCCAACAUUGCUGGCUAUAGUGACUCACAUAGUAGUCUCGGAACUUGAGAGGCUGAGACAGGAAGGUGGCCAUGAGUUGGAGGUCAUUCCUAGGUUACAGUGUAAGAUGCUGUCCACCAAGAUAUCCUCACAAGCAGAAACACUAUAUAUUGCUUUGCCAUAACGGCUUCUCAGGAGCCUGGAAAAAGCUCAGUCGGUAAAGUACUUGUCACACCAGCCUUAGGACCUGAGUUUGAACCUAGAGGCAAGCAGAUCCCUGGACUUGGGUGGACAACCCAAGUUAACUGGUGAGCCCCAAAUCCAAGGGGGGGAAGCCUGAGGAGGGACACCCAAGAUUGACAUCUGGUCUCACAUGCACAUACACAAAUGUACACAUUCAGAAAUAUAUACUCAUAUACACAAAAAAAAAAAAGAUAUCCCAGGAUGCUAUUACUCUGCCAUUAAAAUGUUUUGUAAUCAUGAAUUUUUUAAAUAAUACUUGGUUAUGUAUACUAUGGGAUACAUUUCUGUUUUCAGAUAACUAACUUGUAACCAGUUAUUUUUCAAUACUCUUUUGGGAUUAAGAAAGUUAUAAAUGAUUAAAAACAAUAUAUGCUUUUGUGUUUGUUUAGUGGUUUAAAAUUGUGCCUUUGUCAGCUAAUAAUGACAAGCAGUGAAUACCUUAAAACUUAUGAAGUAUUAGACAAGUAGAAUUUGUAGUCUAUGGUCUUGAUGCUAAGUUCUUACCAACCUCACUAGAAAUAGCAGAAAAACAAGCAUUCACAUGCUUCCCUCCUACUCUGGCCUGAGCCUGUGCUGACCCAUCUCACAUGACAUUGCAUAGUUCCCACUGCCAUCUUUGCUCAGUCUUCUUCAGACAUGAAUAUUUCUGAAAGUUUGACUUGUCAAUUAUAUAAUACUUCAGCUAGAGAUGGCACCUCUCUCUGUGGGGAUGUCAUUGGAGCCCUUAGUGUGGAAGAAGAUGAAGAGGUUUAAGUGGCAAAGACGAAGACGUGGUCUAGUUCCUGUUUGUUGUUGGGUUUCACUGGCUGCUGGUAUUUGCCAGUGUUUGAACUUUUAGGGGCAGUCUGAAAUAAUUCAUUGUGCUUAUAAAAUUUCUAAGUGCCUUUUUUGUCCUUAGUUAUCCUGAUGUAAUGGGGAAAGUGGAUACACAUAAAAUAUUUUUUGUGUUAUGUUCAAAGCCUGCUGGGCUUUGCCUGCUUUGGGGGUGGGGGAGAGCAGGCAUUGAGACAGGGUUUCUCUGUGUAGCUUGGCUGUCCUGGAACUCGCUCUAUAAACCAGACUGGCCUCAAACUCACAGAGACCCACCUGCCUCUGCCUCCUGAGUGCUGGAACUUAAGGGCAUGCAUCAGCCCCUGAAAUAGAUCACUUUGCCUCAUCCAUUUGCCAAAGUAGCUGAUUCCAAGUUAAGCAAAUUUUGACAUAGGCUCACAAUAUUCUUGUGUUUUAUUUUAGAUUGUAAGCUUAAUGGCAGGAAAUUAUAUCAAUAAUGUGCUUUUUAUAUAGCAGCCAUUGCUGUAUAACUUUGGUGCUUAAUAAAUGUUU